GAGGUCAAGGGGCUGCGAGGGGGCGGAGCGAGCCGGAGGCGGAUGGCGGCUCAUCAUCUUCAGCGGCAGAGGCGUUGAGACCGAGACGCGGGGUCAGGCGCGUCUGGCGGAGGAAGGAGAGCGGCGGCCGCUCCCAACAUGCACAGCCUGGCGACGGCUGCGCCCGUGCCUACUGCACUGGCUCAAGUGGAUAGAGAAAAGAUCUAUCAGUGGAUCAACGAGUUGUCUAGUCCUGAGACAAGGGAAAAUGCUUUGCUGGAGCUAAGUAAGAAGCGGGAAUCUGUUCCUGACCUUGCACCCAUGCUAUGGCAUUCGUUUGGUACUAUUGCAGCACUUUUACAGGAAAUUGUAAAUAUUUAUCCAUCUAUCAACCCACCUACCUUGACAGCACACCAGUCUAACAGAGUUUGCAAUGCUCUGGCAUUACUGCAAUGUGUGGCAUCACACCCAGAAACCAGGUCAGCAUUUCUUGCAGCACACAUCCCACUUUUUUUGUAUCCCUUUUUGCACACUGUCAGCAAAACGCGUCCCUUUGAAUAUCUUCGGCUCACCAGCCUUGGUGUUAUUGGGGCCCUCGUAAAAACAGAUGAGCAAGAAGUAAUCAACUUUUUAUUAACAACAGAAAUUAUUCCUUUGUGUUUGCGCAUUAUGGAAUCUGGAAGUGAACUUUCUAAAACGGUUGCCACAUUCAUCCUCCAGAAGAUCCUCUUAGAUGACACUGGGUUGGCUUACAUAUGUCAGACAUAUGAACGUUUCUCCCAUGUCGCCAUGAUCUUGGGUAAAAUGGUCCUGCAACUAUCCAAAGAGCCUUCUGCCCGUCUGCUGAAGCAUGUAGUAAGAUGUUACCUUCGCCUCUCAGAUAAUCCCAGGGCACGUGAAGCACUCAGGCAGUGCCUCCCUGACCAGCUGAAGGACACAACCUUCGCCCAGGUGCUAAAAGAUGACACCACCACGAAACGCUGGCUUGCACAACUGGUGAAGAACCUGCAAGAGGGCCAAGUCACCGAUCCCCGGGGUAUCCCCCUGCCCCCUCAGUGAUCCUCCCCCGCCCUCUUCCACUACUCCCCAGGUUGGGGAAGGGAGGGGCAACCUACGAGGAAAACAGCUCAGGUUUUAUCGCCAACCGGGAAUAGACAACCUCAAUGCUGAACCGCACUGGAGAAAAGGGGCGAGGUCCCCCUGCUGAGGUGUGUGGGCUGCCAUCUCAGGCUGCCUUGAGGACCUGGGCUCCUUCUGCUACUCCCAGGAAAUGGGCUCCUGACACAGCAGUCUGCCAUCACAGCCCCAGGAGGGUGUCAACACCAGCAAAUGCUGUGUUUGCAGCAUGCCCACGAUGACCUUGCUCCCCUCCCCUCCCCAGCUGCUGGCCUGGAGGGGAGACGGUGGUGAUAGCAGCAGCACUCUAGGCAUGGUGACCGCCUGGGACCAAGCCAUGUGGCAUUUUAUUUUGCCUUCCUGGAAGACUCAAGAUGUGUCUCUUCAUUCUCUCUCUCAGUAUUUGUUUACUUUGGUUUUGUUUUUAAAUCUCAGAGAGAGGUGUGUUUAGUAGACACAGUUGUAAUAUUCAGCAAAACUUUGUCAGUUGGCACUGUUUACAAGUCUGUUAGCUGCAUAAGCUCAAUAAAACAUUGGUCUGGGCAUUACAUCCCCUCUGGCAGGCCCAUAGCUGCGUUGAGCUGUUGGGAGGAAUGGGAGGCAAGAGAAAGAUGUGAAGCCAAAGGACAGCAGGACCCCACCGCCUGUUCCCCUCCCUUCUCCCCUUCUACUCUGAGUCCUGGACACCACCAGGACCUUAACCUUGUUUCCGGCUUUAGCUGCUAGCUUUUCCAAAGCAGUGCUUUUCCUUUUAUCACUUCCUCAUAUUAAGCUUAAAACAGAUGUCUUAAUUCUUCAGGCUGUCCUGGAAGGGUAUUGACGUGGGCAAGAGCGGUGGCAGUGGACCUGGGUGUCAGUCCAAGUCUUCAAAGGUGUUUUCCGGGUGGCUUCUAAAAGGGAGGUGCCUGAGGUUAAAGUUACAGGCUACUUGAUCCAUUCUUUGUUUUAGUGGGUUUCAGCAGCUCCAUCUGUCUUCAUGAUUGUAUUUGAAGCAGUAUUAGCUAAAUGAGUUAAUUUUAUUCAGAUGUAAGAUGGAGGGCUGGACUCUGCUCACUCAAGUCUUUUUUUAUUUUUUUGGACACAUUUGUCUUGUGGUCUAUGGGAACGACAGGGUUACCACUAAAAUGUUUUUGACUUGUUCAUAUCGUGCCGCAGAAUUGCCCUUCCUUCUCUGGAGCUUUAGCUUGCUCUGGUCACAGUCCACAGGCUUGAACCUAUAGCCUGGUGUGAACUGCCUUGCUGGCCCCCAGUUCUUCCCCCUGCUAGCACCUUUCUCUCCCUCUCUCCCUCUCCCUUUCCCUCUCCCUCUCUCCCUCUCCCUUUCCCUCUCCCUCCCUCCCUCCCUCCCUCUCUCCCUCCCUCUCUCCCUCCCUCUCUCCCUCUCUCCCUCUCCCUUUCCCUCUCUCUCUCUCCCUCUCCCUUUCCCUCUCCCUCCCUCCCUCCCUCCCUCCUUCUCUCUCUCUUUCUCUCUCUCUCUCUCUCUCUCUCAUAUCCCAUCUCCAAAGAUGGGGUUGCUAAUCCAGCUCUAGAGGGAGACCAAGUCUUUCUGUCCGUGUCACACACAGUUGAGUGAACAAGUGUGGGGAGUCUGUCAAGCUUGGGCUCAGAGAAACCUCUGCAGAGGCAGCUGUGCCAACACAAGGGCUCGUGCAAGCCGACUUUCAGCAGGAAGCCGGCCUUGUUAGUUGGCUUCUGUCUCUUUAGAGCAAGAAAGGAGUCACUGAAGAGCCUAGAUGCAGGAUGGGUAGAAUAAGCACUUGCUCCCCUUCCUUCCAAAAUGAAGAGGAAAAUGAGCCCAGCUCUCAACAGCCUGGGGAGGAGGGGAGGAGUCCAGGAGAAAACAAAAUUGGCACGGACAGCAUAGACGUCCUGACUCCCUUCAGCCGGUGGUCUGUGAUCUAGAGUCCAGCUGGUGUAACCCUGAUUUUUGACAACCGCCUGCCUGCUGCUUUCAUCUGUCUUUCAGAUGAGCCAAAGUUUUCUCAUUUUCCCUCCACUUAGGAAGCAACUGAGGCCCAGGGCCUUGCUCCCUGAGAAAUUCUCUUCUCUCUCCAUCUUUCGGUGCAUUGGCCAUGUGCCUGUGCCAAUAGUGUCUUAACUCUUGUCCCUUCUGUUCUCAUCUGGCCUUGGAACCCACAGACGAGUUGGUGGGGAAGGGGUGGAAUGAGUAUUACUCCUUGUAGUUGAUCUUAAUGUUGUAUUAUAUGAAAAGAUCCCUCUCCUUAUUUUGUGUUUUGCAUCCCUCUCACACCCUCAACAGGAUUGAAAUAAAACAUGCUUCUUUGUUUUUGUAAAAAUAA